AUGCAGCCAAAGGCCCAGGCAAGUGUUUCUGCAAAUGAUUUUGUAACUGCUCUAUUGUUUGAUCCAAAACUAUCGCGAAUUUUGAAUUUUGCCGUGGAUAGAUGGUAA